UGAGCGGCGUUAUUCACCGCGUCUCUCGUACUUCAUUACACCGGUUCGGUUCUGCUGGCACCUCGCCAUUAUCACAGCACGACACACGUGGGAGUCCACAGGAUGCGGGAGUCCCUUUGGAUUUCUGGCCCUUAGCCGUUUGUAGGAUCCUGUUUUUCUUCUGCCUUAACCUUGCCUGAUCUUUUCCUGUGGAGCAUCUUGGGUGUGUGCUAAAAACUCUCAGAUCUCCCUAGCUGAACAUGUUCUCUGCCAGGAAGUGGUCUGGAGUUUUCAGAGCCGUCAGACUGCAUCAUUUCAGAUCCCACUCUGCAUCCAGAGCCUCUCCGAACUUGACUUUCGUGCCAGCCUGUCUUCCCCCAGAUCCCGUGGAAGUGGAGGAGCUGCAGCGCUUUGUUUCUAACUCCAAGAGGCUGUUUGUAAUGACUGGAGCUGGAAUUUCCACGGAGUCAGGGAUCCCUGAUUACCGCUCCGAGGGCGUCGGGCUCUACGCCAGGACAGACAGACGGCCUGUCCAGCAUGCUGAGUUCGUCCGCAGCGCCAGUGCCCGGCAGCGCUACUGGGCAAGGAACUUCGUGGGCUGGCCCCAGUUCUCCUCCCACCAGCCAAACCAGGCACACCUGGUACUGAGAGACUGGGAGAAGCUGGGCAAGCUGCACUGGCUGGUGACCCAGAACGUGGACGCCCUUCACACCAAAGCCGGGAGCCGGCGCAUGACGGAGCUGCACGGCUGCACGCACAGGGUUUUCUGCUUGGCCUGUGGAGACCAAAUCUUGCGUUCUGAGCUCCAGGAGCACUUUGAAGCUCUGAACCCCACCUGGAAAGCUGAAGCGUUUGGCGUGGCUCCGGAUGGGGAUGUCUUCCUGACGGAUGAGCAGGUGCGCAGUUUCCAAGUCCCAGCCUGCCGUAAAUGUGGUGGAAUCCUGAAGCCUGAUGUGACCUUCUUUGGAGACACAGUGAGCCAGGAAAAAGUCAGUUUUGUACACCAACGCCUGGCAGAAUCAGACUCCAUGCUGGUAGCAGGAUCCUCUAUGCAGGUGUACUCUGGUUACAGGUUUGCUCUCGCUGCCCGGGAGAAGCAGCUGCCAAUUGCAGUCCUUAACAUUGGCCCCACCAGGUUAGAUCACUUUGCAUCCUUAAAGCUGAAUUCCCGCUGUGGAGAGCUGCUGCCUUUGAUUGUUUGCAAAUGACCCAACCAGCUGAGCCUCAGUAGUUAUCAGGAUUAAAGUUAUUUUUACAAGGACUCACCUCAGAAAAGGGAGAACUCCAAGAGGCAGCUGUGAGAUCCAGUGCACCAGGAGAGGGCAGCAAGCCUCGCACGUGUCAGCCUCACCAGUUCCCUGCAUUGAAACCAUCUCCACCUAUCAGGAAACAGAAUGAUGAUGAAAAAAAAAAAGUAUUUUUCUGCCUUACCUUGCCGUUGUAAACAGUGCCUUUUCAUUGACUGGGAGAGGAUAAUUGGACUGCCGUGUCUGAGGACAGAAUACCGUUCUCACAAUUGUCCCCAGAGGAGAAGGGGGGGACAGGGAUUUUGACCAGGUAAUUUGAGGCUAUAGCACAGGAGGGCGCUGUGGGAAACCAGGACACUGGUGGGGGAUCCAGUGACGCUGAUGAGAUACUGCAGAGCGUGCAAAAAGGGAAAGGAGGCAAGAGGAACUGCAGUUGUCACUUAAAAGAAAAAAGGUUGAAAAUAGAAGCUGAACAAGAACACUGCUCUUGUAACAGAUUAUUUGGAAGCACAGGCUAUAAGGCUAAUGCCUCCCAGCAAGGAGGGGAAGUCAGCUUCUCUCAACUGUCAGUUGACAAGCUAAACUGCUUCCUAUCCGACCCCUUUAAAAAUUAAAAUAUUGUUGAGGUGCCAGAGGAGUUACUUUAAGCUAAUCUGACCAGCACUACUUUCAGUGAGGCCACUACAUUUUCCAGAAUGCAUUUUUUGAAGCUGUUAUUUAAUUAAUUAAGAGCUAAGGAAUCAAUUAAAAUUGUUAGAAGGCUGAGACUAUUUGCACUGUAGUUUCUUCUCCCUCCUAUGAUUUAUUUAAGUACAUUCUUAGUGGCCAGUUUAGAUUCAUUUUUUUUCCAUUGCAAAAAUGCAGGUUGUAAUUACUAGCAGCUGAUGAAUUAAGAGAGAAAUACAAUUAAAUCUGUACAAUAGGUCUCCCUCAGGAGAUAAUGUCUGUUGAAAGGUACAAUUUCCACACACCAAACAGGAGAUGCAUCACUACUGGGUAGUGAUUUUUUGUUAAUCCUGAGGAUGGUGAUGUAAGCUCUAUCAAACUAUUCACAGAGUAAAAUACAGAACCUGGCACAAACAAGAACACUAAAUUUUUGACCUGAUCUUCUUCAUGAAACUACCACUCCCCCCUUCUAGCUCUGAGGGGUUUAAUUGUUGGGGUUUUCCAAGUGCGCCCACCUACUCCAAGUAACAUGUCCUGGACUAAUAUUUUGACAAGAACUGUAACAAGCAGUUGGAAACAAGGAUGCCAGAGUCAUCUGCUAAAAGGUCAAGUAGCAAAGCAAGGACAACUGACCACCACAGGUGCAAAGUUCAUUUUUGCUUCGUCGAUUCAAAUCCAUGCCAGAAAGGAGCAAAUAAAUCACAGAAACUAGGGGAUACAUAAGGCAUCCAGUUUCUGCAGAAGGUAGAGGGCAUUAAGAUACUUAACACAUUUCAAGAUUUGGCUGAAUUGGGUUAGAGGAGAGACAGCUCCACUUUGAAGCCAAGCAAGAACAGUUCAGGACUCCCACCUGCAUUCUGCUCUCACUGAAUGGUGACUCCACUUUCCAAGGACUCAGGUGUCUGCUGCUUGGCAGUGAACAAAGCUCACAGAUACCUCUCCAUCUUUAGCUGUCCUGUCCACAGUAGAGCUGCCCCACCAAUCAAAGCUAUUGCAGAAAUCAUGCCUGAGGCACAGCAGAGUCUCCACAUAGACCGUGUUUUCAUAUAGGGCUUUCCCUGUAAGAAGAGGCACUGAUGCCUCCUUAGCAGAGCAGCUGGGGCUGAUUGUCUCACUGUCCACAUCAUCUUCUCCCCCUCCUUGAAACUUGCAUGACUUUGGUGUGUCAAAACCAGAGGCUGCAGGUAGAGCAGGCAGCAUUUUGAGAAAGGUGGGAGAGCUUUGCCAAGGAGUCUAAAACAAGUCUUGGAAUGAGUUCUAUGACAGGUAACUAAACCUCCCACAUCUACCCCUGCCUCCUCUCCAGUUCUGCAGCUGAGUGUGUGGGAGAGGGGUCAGGGUGGCUCUUCAUCUCUUUGGCAUCACUCUCAGUUAAGUCAUUGCCCCAACUCUCCAGUGGUUAUACUUUUAAGCCACCAGGACAAUGACUUACAAUAAAUGAACAUUACAGUAAAUUUCCUGUACAUGGCUUAUUACCAUAUGUUACCAUAUGUUAAUGAGCAUAUCUACAACAACUAUAUGAGGCUGAGAUGAAGAAGUUCCUUCUUUUCUCUGCUAACUUG